UGAUGCUUGGUUCUGGUCCUGGACUGGUACCACAACUUUGGCCCCAACAAUGGACCAUGAGGGGUCUGGCAGUCCAGCAGGUAGUGGAGAACAGCCAACAGAGGAUGGGGUUGCAGCGGAGAUCAUUGAUGAAGGACAUGGGAUCCAAAAGACUGUGCAGACUUGGGAUGAGACCACUCCUCUGUUGACCUCUCUAAUACCUACAACGCAACCCAAGAAUGACCGGCCACCAGAAAGGGGCACAACAGGGAUUUCGUCACGCAUACUUAAACCUGAAGACAGUGGAGUCACCCUGACGCAGCUGAUUGGGGAUCCUCCUCCUAGUGAGAUCACCCGGGUCUAUGGGCCCGACAACAGCCCCGCGUAUGUCUUUGGCCCCGAUGCCAACACGGGCCAGCUGGCACGCGCUCACCUGCCGAGCCCAUUCUACCGAGACUUUGCCCUCAUCUUCAACCUGCAACCUACCUCUGACAGGGGUGGAGUCAUCUUCUCUGUCACAGAUGCCUCACAGCAGAUCAUGUAUGUGGGUGUCAAACUGUCACCUGUCCAGGGUGACAACCAGAAUGUCAUCCUGUACUACACAGAACCCGACUCACAGCAGUCUUAUGAAGCAGCCAGGUUCCUUGUACCCUCCUUGAGGGAUACCUGGACCCGUUUCGCUAUCGCCGUGAGGGAUGACAAGGUGACGUUCUACCUCAACUGUGACACAGACCCUCAGGUGAUGCGCAUCGAGAGGUCCCCGGAUGAGAUGGAGCUGGAGGCCGGUGCCGGCGUCUUCAUUGGGCAGGCUGGAGGAGCUGAUCCUGAGAAGUUCCUGGGGCUCAUUGGUGAGCUGAGGGUGGUGGGAGACCCCCGUGCUGCUGAGAGACACUGUGAAGAGGACGAGGAUGACUCAGAUAUGGCUUCAGGUGAAGGAAGUGGCUAUGAAGAAAGAAGACCCUUAAAACCAGCCGUGGAGAGAGACAGAUGGACGACUACUCCUCCUUCCUCUCGGCCCAUUCAGCAGCCACCGGUCAUCAAGAAAGAGGAGGUGUCUGUUACAAGAGAGACAGGAGCAGUUGGGUCUAAAGGAGAGAAGGGUGACCAAGGGGAUAGAGGAGAGAAAGGAGAUAGGGGUCCAAUUGGGCCGAAGGGAGAAUCAAGCUCUGGCUCCAGUUCCCGGGGGGCCGCCCGUGGAGAGAAGGGAGAACCAGGGGAGAAGGGAACUAAGGGCAGUGCAGGCUUUGGAUAUCAAGGAAAGAAGGGUGAUCCCGGCCUCCCUGGGCCCCCUGGCCCCCCUGGCCCUCCAGGGCCUGCAACCGAAUUUUCAGUUGGCAAUGACGGCUCAGUUGUUUCAAGGGCCCCUGCACCCCGGGGACCAGCUGGACCACAAGGUGUCCCAGGCCCCCAGGGACCACCGGGAGCUGAUGGAGAGCCAGGUGAUCCUGGUGAGGAUGGAAAAACUGGUCCUGAUGGACCUCCAGGCUUCCCAGGGACCCCAGGUGACCCAGGAACCAAAGGAGAGAAGGGAGACCGUGGAGAGGGUCAACCUGGCCCCAGGGGACCCCCAGGACUCCCUGGACCUCCCGGACCAGGAUAUAGAUCUACCUUUGUGGACAUGGAAGGAUCAGGGUUCCCUGACUUGGAGUCUAUUCGGGGACUGCCUGGGCCACCAGGCCCCCCUGGUCCACCUGGGCUUCCUGGUCCCUCUACAACUGGCCCAGCAGUGAGUUCUGGGGCAUUAGGACCUCCAGGAAAGGACGGGGCACCCGGUCAACCUGGUUUGCCUGGUUUACCGGGUACUGAUGGCCUCCCAGGAACUCCUGGUCCCAAGGGAGAAAAGGGUGAUUCAGGCGAGCUGGGUCUUCCAGGAGCAGUUGGAGAGAAGGGAGCUUCAGGAAACCCUGGUUUACCGGGACCUGCAGGGGAGCCUGGACUGGCUGGUCUGCCUGGACCCAUUGGACCAGUUGGGCAACCUGGACCUCCCGGGCCUCCUGGACCAAGUUAUCGUGUUGGAUUUGAUGACAUGGAGGGCUCUGGUGGAGGUUUCACCAAUGGAUUUCCUGGCGUCAGAGGACCAGAAGGAAGUCAGGGUCCUCCUGGCUUACCUGGACUUCCAGGUGAACCUGGGUUGCCUGGCAUACCGGGUCAGAAGGGCACUGAAGGUCUUGUAGGAAGGGACGGGCGACCAGGGUUGGAUGGCUUCCCUGGACCUCAGGGACCAAAGGGUGACAGAGGUGACAAAGGAGAGAGGGGUGACUCAGGUCGAGAUGGAAAUGGACUCCCAGGUCCACCUGGACCACCUGGUCCACCUGGACAAAUCAUCUACUCCACAUCUGGCAACUUUGAUGGAGCCGUCGGCAGUGUUGGGCCUCAGGGAGGACCUGGUUUGCCUGGUCAGGCUGGAUUCCCUGGUCCUAUUGGACCAAAGGGUGACAGAGGGGACCCUGGCCCUCCUGGCUACGGACCGAGGGGUGAGAAAGGAGAGCCAGGCUUAGUAAUCGGACCUGAUGGAAAUCUUCUGUCUCUGGAAGGGUUAACAGGUCUGAAGGGAGACAGAGGACCCUCUGGGCCUGUCGGACCCCCUGGCCAGUACGGGCCUCCUGGAUUAAAGGGUGAAAUUGGAAUGCCUGGACGACCUGGUCGCCCUGGUGUAAAUGGAUACAAGGGUGAGAAAGGAGAGUCAGGAGGUGGCGCUGGCUAUGGCUACCCAGGAGUGCCUGGCCCACCAGGACCACCCGGACCACCCGGAUCCCCCGGGCCAGCCAUUCCUUUAGAUCGCUUCAAUCGCUAUGAUGAAACUUCAAGGAAUUACCCAGUAGUUAAAGGGGAGAAAGGAGAGCGUGGUGACCGAGGGCUUCCAGGAAUCCCAGGAACAGCUAAUUUUGAUAUUUACACAUUCAAGAAUGAACUGAAGGGAGAGAGUGGAGAUCCAGGCGUGAAGGGAGAAAAGGGAGAGCCUGGUGGUGGAUAUUAUGAUCCACGUUUUGGAGGAGUUCAAGGCCCCCCAGGGCCUCAUGGCAAACCAGGCCUGCCAGGUCCAAAAGGAGAUUCCAUAAUGGGCCCUGCUGGACCCCAGGGACCACCAGGGCCACCAGGCAUUGGUUACGAUGGACGCCCCGGUCCUCCAGGACCACCUGGACCUCCAGGAGCUCCAGGCUCUCUUCCUGGAGCAUACAGGCCCAAUCACCCCGUCAGUGUCCCUGGACCUCCUGGUCCUCCUGGCCCACCUGGAACUCCUGGUCUCACCUCUGGUGUUACAGUUCUGAGGUCGUAUGAGACAAUGAUUGCUUCUGCCAGACGCCAGGCAGAGGGCAGCCUCAUCUACAUCAUCGACAAAGCAGACCUCUACUUAAGAGUACGAGAUGGACUGCGGCAAGUCAUGCUCGGAGAGUACAGGCCCUUCUUCAGAGAUCUGGAGAACGAGGUGGCGGAGGUCCAGCCUCCCCCUGUGAUCCUGUACCCCCAGUCCCAGGACCAGUCCCGCAACAACGGAGCUGGCCAUUACUCCCAGGGUGGUUCUGCCAUACGCCCCAUUGAGCCCCCCCCACACCCACCUGUAGACCCCAGAUACCCCCCACAGUAUGAUCCCAGGUUCCCAGACCCCAGACACACAGGUCAGACGGACGGAAGAUUAGCCACCCAGCAGACUGAGAACAGAUACCCUGUCACUCCACAGAGACGACCCAGCCCACCUGUCCCACAGCCCGGUGUCCACGUGGGCACAUCAGCAUCAGGACUGCACCUCAUCGCCUUGAACGCCCCUCAGACUGGUAACAUGCGAGGGAUCCGCGGGGCAGACUUCCUGUGCUUCCAGCAGGCUCGAGCUGUGGGCCUGAAGGGAACCUUUAGAGCUUUCCUGUCCUCUAAGCUUCAAGACCUCUACACCAUCGUCCGCAGGUCGGACAGGGACAGCUUCCCCAUCUUGAACCUCAAGGACCAAGUGUUGUUCAGCAGCUGGGAGUCUAUCUUUGGUGACAAUGCAAGCAAAAUGAGGGAGAAUGUACCAAUCUACUCCUUUGAUGGCAGAGAUAUCCUCAGGGACAGCGCAUGGCCAGAGAAAAUGGUCUGGCAUGGAUCAAACAACAAAGGCCACCGGCAAACAGACCACUACUGUGAAACAUGGCGAGCAGGCGACCGCGCUGUGACUGGUCUGGCAUCAUCGCUACAGAGUGGCCACGUCCUGCAGCAAACCUCCAGUAGCUGCUCCGGCUCCUACAUCGUCCUCUGCAUCGAGAACGCCCUCAUAACGCACUCCAAAAAAUAAGUCCACCGUCC